UUGGCGAGGUGCAACGUGAGCCCUGCCUCCCGGCUGCUGACGGAGGCCGUGGGGGUAUAUACAGUAAAGAAGGAGAUUUGCAAUCUGUGCUAAAAGCUGUCUGAUCAAAGGCAGAUUGGCUGUGGGUGAUUUUUUUUUUGUUAAUAUUUAUAUUAAUUCUGUUCUCGCAGAGAGGCGGGCGAAGCAGCGGCAGGCAGUAUCUCUGCUUUGCAAACGUAAGCUUUUUGCUUUUUCACUUUGUCUGCUUUGGGAGGGGAGGACUUGAAACUAUUUUCAUAAGACUCUGCACCGCUGGAGCACGUCCUCCCUCUUUUCCUCCCCUCCCUCAACCCUUGAUUUUUUUUUCAUGCCCCCCUCGUUUUUUAAGAGAAAGAAGCGAUUUUUUUCUCGCCCCCUCUCUUCUCGUCUGUGGCAAGCUGUCAAGACAAGAGGCUUGUUUCUUAAUGCCAGCCCGGCUGGUUUAAGAAGGAUCGCAGCGCCGUGACAAGGACGCCACGCCGAGGCAAGAGCCGACUCCUUUCCUCUCCAUGUACUGUGUCAUUCAAAGAAGUUUUACUUGCUGAGAGGCUCCGAGGAAAGAAGGCGGUGGGGGGGAAGAAACCCGCUCUGAGAGAGAGAGCGAGCGAGAGAGCGAGAUACUCUGAAGACUCACGCAGAGAUAACAUACACGGGGGAAAGGAAGGCAAGAGACUUUAAAGUAUCAGGAACCUCCAGAACAGACUUAAAGCGAUGACUACAGAGCUGGCCAUUAAUACAGAGUUGCCCACCAGCCCACUUGCCAUGGAAUAUGUCAAUGAUUUUGACUUGAUGAAAUUCGACGUGAAGAAAGAGCCACUAGGGACCGAUCGCACCGUGAGGCAUUGUAACCGCUUACAGCCGGCAGGGUCUGUGUCCUCUACCCCCAUCAGCACCCCUUGCAGCUCGGUGCCUUCUUCCCCGAGCUUCAGUCCCACCGAGCAGAAGACUCACCUGGAAGAUCUGUACUGGAUGGCGAACAGCUACCAACAGCUCAACCCGGAGGCUUUGAACUUCACCCCCGAGGACGCGGUGGAAGCCUUGAUUGGCAACGCGCACGCCGUCCAGCAGCAACUGCAGGGCUUCGACAGCUACCGAGGCCACCACCACCACCACCACCACCACCACCACCAACAACAAUUCCAAGGGGUCAACCCGGACGAGCUAGGCAACAGCAACGGGCACCAUCAGCAUCACAACCACCACCAACAGCACAGCUCUCCGGCUUCCUCCAUCUCCUCCACUUCUCAGCAGAUCCAAAGUUCCCCACAUCACCAGGGCCUCUUGGCCGAGGACAGGUUCUCCGACGAUCAGCUCGUCAGCAUGUCGGUGCGGGAACUCAACAGGCACCUCCGAGGCUUCACCAAGGACGACGUGAUCCGCCUGAAGCAAAAGAGGAGAACCUUGAAGAACAGGGGCUACGCUCAGUCGUGCAGGUACAAGCGUGUGCAGCAGAAACACCUGCUGGAGAACGAGAAGACCCAGCUCAUCCAGCAGGUAGAACAACUCAAGCAAGAGGUUUCCAGGUUGAUGAGAGAGCGAGACGCCUACAAAAUCAAGUGUGAGAAACUCGCCACCACUGGCUUCAGAGAAGCUGUCUCCACCAGCGACAACCCGCCGUCUCCAGAGUUCUUCAUGUGAGUCUGCAGUCGCCUGCCAUCCUCCAUCUAUAACACCCCAUCCAUAUGCCUGCUUGAGAUUUGUUAGAGAGAGAGAGAGAGAGCGAAAGAGAGCGAGCGAGAGAGAGAGAGAGCGAGAGCGAACUAUCAGCAACAUAGCCCCAUUCAUAUAUUGCCUGUGUGGUUGUAUAGAAAGAAUUACAGAAAACUUGCAUUUAAAACACACAAAAAAUAUUAAUCCUGCAUGCUGGACAUGUACGGUAAUAAUUUCUAUUUUGUACCAGUUUACUUUCCAUUCGGCAUGGCGUUUUAUUUGAAAGAAGUUACUACGGGAUAGUUGAACUAUUUUACUGCUUAUGCCGAUCUCGGUUUUCAGCUGACGAUUUUAACAGCUUGUAAAUAUUUGCAACAAGAACUUGUGUCCAUAUGCACUGAUCCAUUUCAGUACAGUUUUUUUUUAAAAAGAAAGGAGAAACAACCUUUUUUUUCGCGGGGCGAGGGGUGGAAAGGGAAUGGGGAGGGGGGGAUAUGGAGGGCAAAUUUCCGCUUCAUCAGAAACCAACAUUGUGUAAUUUCAACGCCUCGAAUUUUUUUUUUCUCCUGUUGUUUUGGUUACUUUUUUUUUCCUCUUGUGUUAGUUGUUGCAGAAUUUAAAAGAAACGGACAGAUGUGGAACAUAAACCAUGAUUAGCAACAAUCAUUUUUGUUUAAAAAAAUGCCAUUAACGUGUUAAUUUUACUUGGCGCCCUUGAAAUGGGCGGCGAUUGCUUCAGAAUUUAGAUUUGAGACUAUGACACUCUCUGGUAAAAUAGUUUGAUUUCUUCGUUCUUUGAAAUGUAAACUGUCACGCAGCAGAGAACUGUGUUUGUUUUAUAAAUGCGGUUUAUUUCUUAAAAUGCUUUCCAAACUGGGGAGGGGGGGUGGUGGAGGGGGUUGGAGAAAGUAAUGAAGGUCAAGUUCUGUAUGUUGUAAAUUCAACGCUUGUUAUUAAAAUAUCCAGUCACCGCAGUGAGAAUGUUUUAGUUUUUUUUUAAAUGUUGAUUCAAUUGAAAUUGGAGCUUUUUUUUUCAUCGCUGACAGUGUGGGAAAAAUGUUCCUUUCACCAAGUUGUCCAAUGCAGGUUUUCAUGCAAAAAGCGAUGCGAUUAAAAUGUACACUUUUUGUUUAGAGAGAAAAAAAAAAUAACUGGACAGUAUGAACCCUGGUCUGUCUUUGAACAAGACUAGUAAGCAAUGGGUACUGACAACCUGACCAAAUUCCAAACUCUGUAAACUCGCUUUCACGAGCGGGUGCAAACAGCUUUCCACCCGCGCGCGUCUGUGUGUAUUUCAUGCCUUAGAAAAAAAAAUAUAUAUAAAUCAUAAUUUGACAAAUUAAUGUUAAAUUAUGGGGAGGCGUGACAACAUUGUGCAGCUUAACUUUUUUUUUUUUUUACAAAAAAAGCCUUUUUUUCCGAAAAAGAAAGAAAACAUUGUCUGUAGUGAUUGAAGCAAUCUUAUUCAGAUUAAUUAUACCAGACACACAAAAUAUUUAUCUCAUAAAUUCUGAAGGGAUCAUAAAGGUAUCGCUUAUGGAAAUGAUAAUGUCUUUUAAUUAUCUGUUCCAAUUUGGAUUAUUGUAGUGUUAUCCCCAAAAAAAAAAGAAAUGGAUUCUGUCUCUUCUCUUUGGUUCUGUGAAGACUGUUUCUUUUCUAUUGUAUGCUUAUUAAAGUCAUUCAAAUGGCAUUUAUUUUGAUGA